CUUUUCAUUGUGGAGGUUUGUGCUGACACUGAUCAAGGAGCUGUUGGGUUUUAAAAAUGGAAGAAACAAGGAAGCUCUCUCCAAAGCCGUGUAAAAGCAAAGAAGCUGUGAAAACAGAAUGGGGAUCUCAGAGCGUUGUGUUUACCUAUUUCCAAGGGGAUAUCAACAGCGUGGUAGAUGAACAUUUUUCUAGAGCUCUCAGCAAUGCCAAGAACCCACAAGACCUGAGCACAAAGCACAAGGGUGACAAUGUUGUCCUGAAGAACGAUAGCAUGUCUCCCCAUCAGUGGAAUUUCUCAUCACAUUGCUACAAACCGUAUCCGUCAUCUUCCGCAACAAACGUGUCAAAUUCUGACCUGAAUUUUUCGGGUGCUGGUAUGGGAGGCCAAUACCAGCCAUCGGCUCUGCAGAGUCAUCCAACUCAGCCUGCGGACCUGUGGCCCUUCCCUUCGAUUGGGUCUCCCAGUGUCACCAGUUCCGUGUAUCAUCCUGCCCUGCCCAACCUGCACGUGGUGGAUGAACCCAUCUCUGACAGGAAAUACGGUUCUCUUCUUGGUCUUCUGCAACAGGAAAGGUGCCUGACAUCCAUGCAAGAAUGUACCGUGAAGCAACACUCGAGUUGUAUGACUGGACCUGCUAGGUUACAAAAUAUGAGUCAAAGUUCAGCUCCUGGGGGAGAGAGGAAAGGAAGCUCUUACCAAGGCUCAGAAAAUCCCAAUGUAAGCCACACCACUGCAGUUUUUAUACCGUCAGACUGCCACUUCAUGGUGCCUGUUUUUCAUCGGCUGUCCAAGUUUCAGAUCCUAGAAAGACAGAAUACCCCUUGA